GUACCUACCUACCUACCUACCUUACAUCAUCGUCAACACCAAGACCUACUAAUACCUUCAAGACUAACCUAAACUUAAUUCCACUACAAAUUCAUUAAUAAUAUUUCGGUAUUACUCAACUUACUUACCAAAUAAUCAAGCAUUAGAGUACAUCCCUAAACUACUCCAAAGUCCUUAUACCUAACACAGACACCGCCAUAAUAUCCAUCAAUUCGCCUAUAGCUACUUACCCCAACACUCUUCCCUAUCUUCUAAGAUGGCUUUUUAUAUACGAAUACUAACUAAGAGCUUAUUACCUAGGCAACACGCUCCUCCAUCCGCAUUUUUAAAUUCCAACUUCAUUAUCCACGAUGCGGUUCAGUAACGUUCCGGAUAACUACCAAAACACUCCCUCUGACGAGGCGUCUUCUCAAUACGGGACCCGUCCGUACGAGCCACACGUGGGAACGUCCUCAUCUCCCUGGUUUCAGAAUAACUCGAAUAAUUCAAUCGUUUCUAUUGCUGGAGCCCAUCGCCCAGAUACUAAUAGCAACCGUUCUUCCUGGCUAGAAGAGAAUACAGCCAGCCAGGGACUUACGUAUUUCGACCCAAUCUUCCCAUCUCCAUCAAUCCAUCCAAUAACUACACCCCGGUUCAUCAUUGCACCGUCGAGUGGAGGAGGCUGGGGAGCCAACGGAGGAUAUACUCCUAUGGGCCAAGGGACCACCUGGCGCACUAGACACCUUCUACCCCCGGGCGUGUGGGAUCGACAGCUCGCCGCCACCGGUAUAUCGGAGAACUACGGAGGCAAUAUUUUCCUGCCGUCUAACCAAUCCGCAAAUGUGCCCGAGCACGAAAGCACUUCGCUCUGGCUGACCAAUCUCCCGCCUAGGUGCACUCAUCAGAUGCUCCUGGGCGCUAUCCGCAAUUGCGGGAAGAUCUAUGCCGCAGUCAUCAACCCGCCCAGCGAGUCUACUGGCCGCUUUCGACAGCGAGCCCCCCACACAACCUCGGCGUCUAAGCUCGUCUUCUUCGACCGCUCCGGCGUCGACAACCUUCUCGCCAAGUCGGAGGCGGGCGAGUUCUCCGUGGAGGGCUACGUCCCCAAGCUCAAGAUGAACCGCAUCAGAUCGGCACCGCGCGACCCAAGCCCGCACUGUCGCGUCCUGCAUAUCGAAGGCCCCAACUGCAUCGUCAACGAGCCGUUCCUGCACGCCUUCUUCCGGUCCAAGUUCAACUACGAGCUCGAGGCCGUCCUGACGCUGUCUAUAAACAGCUUGUACACCCGUCAGGAGUGGCGCUUUGGAAGCUUCCGCUGCCAGGCCGAGUCUGCGCGCCAGUCCAUCGGGCGGGAGAAGAUGCGAACGGACUUGUCUGAGCUCGAGACUAGAAACUGGAGGGAGGUCCAAGUCUACUUUGGCGUUGACCCUUGCGCGCCUCCGCCGGGCUCUUCUCCAUAAUCGCUUCAUCUACUUAUCUCCUCCAUGCCACUUAGAAUGCUCACAGCUUGAGCACGUUUGGCCUGCUCGGACCAUUGAUACGACCGGUAGCCAACGUGGUCCCCUUUAUUGGAGCUCGUGACGAUCGGGGCUGUCAAUAUUAGACUAAGAUAUGCAUCACAUAAAAGCAUGCUUUGGCUAGAUAUUAGAUGGAAUAGUAUCUUCCAUAAAGUAAUAAAACCCCGGAUUAACCCCGAAGGCAUAUUUGAUAUAUGGUGCUAUGUAUCUUUGAUUGAUUUGAUUUGAUUUGAUUUGAUAUCAUGUUGUUCCUUU